UACAGUGGUAGUAGUUCGACACAGUAUACAGUGGCUACUUCCAGGGUUUUGCUUUCGACUCGAGCUUGGGAAAACCUUCACGCGCGUCCAUAGCUGCUCACGACAAUCAUCCUUUCGCCAUGUCUCUCUCAGUUUACACCCUGAUCGGCGUGGCUCUGCUUGUCCUUGCCGGACCGAGUGAUGCGAAGAAGUGCGGCUUGGUAGAGUGCCCGCAUGUUCCUGACCUUCCUGCCAUCAGUCAGACUGAUUGCUGCUCGUACAGUCCCAACGACAAAUUGUGCUGCUUUGAUACGCUGGAUUCGACUUAUCUAGCUGGAUGGGCCAUUGGAGUGAUCGUAACAGGGUGUAUCCUGAUAGUCGGCGGCAUCAUCCUGUGUUGCUUGUGCUGCGCGUGCUGUCCUCUUGUCCGAUACCGUCAGCGGAAGCAGCUGGCAAUCGUCACCACGGCUACGUACCCAUCCUCAGGGCCUGUAACCCCUGCUUACCCGCCGUGUGUAGCCACCACCACCACUGUUACGGCAACGCGUGCUUAGUGGGAUGUAGCAGACAUCGCUGACACCACAC